AGCAACUGCCUUGCACACAAGCGCGUGUUAUACUCGACACCGGUUGGUUUAUGCCUACGACUCCUAAGUAGACGGAUGCAUGUAGGACUUGUAGCACGGUGACAUAAUGAAGUUGCUGCUUGAGUACGUGCAAUAAGUAUCGUUUCUGCGACAGCGGAUAGGGAACUAGCGGCGAUGGCGCUCAGUGUCUUCAUGGUGGCAGAAAAGCCAUCGUUGGCCCAGUCCAUCGCUCAAAUCCUUUCCGAUGGUCGGAUGUCCUCCCGGCGUGCCGCUCUGGAUGUGCAUGAGUUCGAGGGGCGCUUCAGGGGCCAGCCGGCGCGCUUCAAGAUGACGUCGGUCAUCGGCCACGUCUACUCGCUGGACUUCACCGCCGCCUUCAACAGCUGGGACAAGGUGGACCCCGCGCAGCUGUACGACGCACCCACCGUCAAACUGGAGGCUAACCCCAAGGCCCAUGUGGUGGACCACCUGCAGCGGGAGGGGCGCGGGUGCGACGUGCUGGUGCUGUGGCUGGACUGCGACAGGGAGGGGGAGAACAUCUGCUUCGAGGUUAUGGACAACGUGGUGCCGCACAUGUCCCGGCGGGGCGGCCAGGGGGGGCAGGGGGGGCAGGGGCAGGGGCAGGUGCUGCGGGCUCGCUUCAGCGCCAUCACCGCACCCGAGAUCAAGGCGGCCAUGGGCAACCUGGUUGCCCCCAACGAGGCGGAGGCGCGGGCGGUGGAUGCGCGGCAGGAGCUGGACCUGCGGGUGGGGGUCAGCUUCACGCGCUUCCAAACGCGGUUCUUCCAGGGCCGCUACGGCAACCUGGACGCCUCCGUCAUCAGCUACGGCCCCUGCCAGACACCCACACUCAACUUCUGUGUGGAGAGGCACCAGACCAUCGUUUCCUUCCAGCCCGAGCCCUUCUGGUCGGUCCGCCCCCGCGCCAGCAAGGCGGGCUCCCCCCUGGAGCUGGAGUGGGACAGGGGCCGCGUGUUCGACCAGGAUGUGGGCGCCAUGUACGCGGCGCUGGUUCGUGACGCCAAGCGGCUGCGGGUGGUGGAUGUGGUGGAGAAGGAGGACCGCAAGCCCCGACCGCACGGACUCAACACGGUGGAGAUGCUCAAGGUGGCUUCUGCGUCACUGGGUAUGGGGCCCGCACAUGCUAUGCAGAUCGCGGAACGGCUCUACACCGCCGGCUACCUGUCCUACCCGCGCACGGAGAGCAGCGCCUACCCGCCCAACUUCGACAUCAACGGUACCCUUGCGGCGCUCCGAAACCACCCAGUGUACGGCGGGUAUGCGGCGGCGCUGCUGCAACAGGGCGUCAAGCACCCGCAGGGCGGCACCGACGUGGGCGACCACCCGCCCAUCACCCCCGUGCGCCCCGCUCGCGAGGAGGAGCUGGGCGGGGGGGACGCAUGGCGGCUGUACGACUUCGUUGCGCGGCACUUCCUGGGCUCCGUGAGCCCGGAUGCGGUGUACAGGAAGACCAAGGCCACCUUCGAGGCGGGUGGAGAGGGCUUCAGUGCGGUGGGCAGUGUGGUGGUGCGACCCGGCUUCACCGCCAUCAUGCCCUGGAGGGCCACCCAGUCCGACCCGCUCCCCCCGCUGAGCCCCGGUGAGGUGCUGCCGCUGGCGGAGGUGGAGCUGUACCAGGGCCGCACCUCCCCCCCCGACUACCUCACCGAGGCCGACCUGAUCGGGCUGAUGGAGAAGCACGGCAUCGGUACGGACGCGUCCAUACCCGUGCACAUCAACAACAUCUGCGAGCGCAACUACGUGUCGAUCCAGUCGGGUCGGCGGGUGGUGCCCACUGAGCUGGGCAUCACCCUCAUUCGGGGCUACCAGCUCAUUGACCCGGAGCUGUGCAAGCCGCAGGUUCGUGCGCACGUGGAGCAGCAGAUCGACCUGAUUGCUCGCGGGCGGGCGGGGCAGGGGGCGGUGGUGGCGCACACGCUGCAGCAGUUCAGGGCCAAGUUCCUGUUCUUCGUGGCGCAGAUUGCGCGCAUGGACAGCCUGUUCGAGGCGUCCUUCUCGCCGCUGGCAGCCAGUGGCAAGCCCCUGAGCAAGUGCGGCAAGUGCCGCCGCUACCUGAAACACAUCUCCGCUCGCCCGCAGCGGCUGUACUGCAAUACAUGCGAGGAGGUGCUGGCGCUGCCGCAGGGUGGCGCCAUCAAGGUGUACAAGAGCCUGGUGUGUCCGCUGGACGGCUAUGAGCUGCUGCUGUUCUCGCUGGCGGGGGCGGACGGCAAGACCUACCCGCUGUGCCCCUUCUGCUACAACAACCCGCCGUUCGAGGGGGCGAUGAAGGUUGGCGUGGAGGGUGCCGUGGGCAGCAAGCCCGGCAUGCCCUGCUCCACCUGCCUGCACCCCACCUGCCCGCACUCCCUCGCAUCGCACGCCGUCUUCCCCUGCCCCAACCCGGCCUGCUGCGCCACCUCCUCCUCCUCCUCCUCCGCUCCCGCCGCGUCUGCUGCUGCUGCUGCUGCUGCUGGAGGGCCCGCCAAGCCAAACAACCCCGGCACCAGUGGUAGUGGCACCACCCCCACCAGCAGCAAGGUUGGCACGGUUGUGUUGGACCCGGUGUCCGCCCCCAAGUGGCGGCUGGACUGCAACCGCUGCGACUUCCUCAUGUACCUGCCACCCAACCUGCACAGCGCGAGGGUGCGGCCGCGGGACACAUGCGAGGACUGCGGCGGGCGGCUGCUGGACCUGGACUGGAAGAAGGGCCAGCUGCCCCCCUCGCUAGCCGCGGAGGCGGAGGGCGAGGGUGGCACCCUCAUCAGCGGCGUGUGUGUGCUGUGCGAUGAGGAGGUGGCCAAGCUGUGUGAGGUGAAGCACGGACAUGCGUUCGCGGCGCGACGCAUGGGGCCGCGGGGGCGGGGGC